CCUGUUACCGAGGCAACGGCAGAUAUUGCUCCUGUAUCGGUAAAGAUGACUGAACUUUUUACUUUGAAAGAGUCGGUUUUGUUUUACUUAGACAGGAGUGGUGGUCUUCAGAAACUCGUAGACGACUGUAAACUUCUAAACGACCCGCAGCAAGUCGACGCAGUCUACAGGUUCAAGAUCAGUGUUAAUCCUUCUGAUUUAAUAGAACUGGACCCAGUCCUGGGCCACUGUGUUCUGCAUGACCCGCUCAGAGCAACAGUUCUGUUUCAGUCCGUGUGCUUCCUGGCUAUAAAGACUCUUUCACUUACUGAAAAAAUACAAACUGCGAGUCAGGUAAAUGUCACACUGAUCUUUACAAACCUGCCUCCAUUCCCCGAGUACACGCUGGACCUSUGCAGUUUCCCCCGUGUCUACGGUCCUAUGAGGCCUGUCUCCAUGGAGGGGGUGGUCAUUGCCAUGACAAGAAUAACAAAGUACACCCAGGGAGCCAGGUUUCUCUGUACUAAUGAUGACUGCCCCUGCUCUACAGGGUUCCACCACAUCCGAGUCCACGCACCCGGAGCCACCGAGUCGGCCACAGUGAGAAACGACUUCAUCUGCAUGAUCUGCAGCUCCCAGCUGAAAGAGGACGUGAAGUUCAGAGUUUUAGGAGACAAACAGCUGGUGGAGCUGAUCCACGUCGAAGCGUUAGACGUUCUGAGAGGUCAUCGGCACGGCUCUUUCAGAUACCAAUCUGUCACCCUGUUUCUGAGAGACGAGCUGUGCAACUCGGUGAGAAUCGGACGACUCUACAAGGUGAUAGGCAUUCCUGCUCUUGUGCACCAGUGGCCAAACAUGACCUGGAGUGUAGAGGCAAACAGCAUCCAACUGUGGGAGCCAAAGGAUUGCCCUGAAGUUUCUCCCAGAUUCCAGCAGCUGUUGAACUGGACAGCCUCUUCUCCCUGGAGGUUCUCUGCCAUUGUMGCUCACUGCUUUGGGUUGGACCUGGCUCCUCCUGCUUUAUACAACACACUGAAGCUGGGUUUGCUGCUCAGCUUGGUGCAGACCAGAACUGAUGCGGAUGACUCGUUUCACAGCUUGGACGUCCUCGUCGUCACAAGUGACGCGCUCAUACUCGACAGACUGAUGACUUUCAGCUUGAGUUUGGCGCGCCGUGGAAUAAGACAUCAGGCCUCAGGGGAGAUGUUUACAUCUCUGUCCAGAGACGAACACGGAGCAGGGACCGCUAACAUCCACGCUGGUUCUGCUUUACUCGCUACUGGGGGCAUUUGCAUGCUGGGAGAUCUGGGCUGUUAUAAAAAGGACAAACUGGAUCACAUUCAGUCAGUUCUGGAGAGCCACUCUGUGUCCGUGUUCAUCCCUGGAAAGAAAUAUGGUGAGGAUGCCGACCAGCAGCUUUCCUUUCCAGUUCAGUGCAGCUUUUGGGGCCUUACACACUCCUCUCAGUGUUCUGGGAGGACAGACUCUGCCGUGCUGGGAACUGCAGAACUGGGUCCCAUACCUGCUCAGUUUGCUGAAGCCUUUGGCCUAGUCAUUCAGUGUGGAGACAGGGUUGGAGAACAGGCCGUCCAUGCCCAGAGUGUCCACACCCUCCAACAGGCAAUGCAGCCUGGAACACAGCCCUACCCAUCUCACUGGGAGUUCUCAACCCAAGAUUAUAAAGAGCUGGUGGCUCAUUGUCAAAAUCUGCAAGUGGAGCUCAGCCCCGAAGCAGAGAAAUUAAUCCACGGUUACUACAUGGCGAGUCGUCGAGCUCGGACCCAGAGUCAGGGCGUCAAGAUUUCUUUGGCUUCUAUCAAACUACUGCUCUCCUUGGCUGAGGCCCACUGCAAGUUAUGCCUAAGAACUCGAGUCCUGGAGGAAGAUGCUGUGGUUGCUGUGCUCCUGUGUGAAAACUCAGUCACUCUCAAGCAUGGGGCCUCGGCUCUCAUCAUUCCACCUGAUGCAGUGUUUCCUUGUGACAUGGGAGACAUGGAGGGUUUGCAGAGGAGAGACAUGAUCCUGGAUGAGCUCCACCAAAAUAUUUUACGCUUCAUUUAUACCUACGCACCUGGAGCAGACACGUACAUCGCAGAGGAGUGAUACAUCAUAUUUGAGAAAAAACAAAAAGACUGAAACAGAAGUUUCUUUUUCUUCCAAAUUUUAUUAGAGAAUCAAAUUUAGAGAAGAAAACCUUGAGAUAUAUAUGCAUUUAAAAUAUUAAAGACUGUUUUUAUUACAAAACAGUAAUGCAUUUAAAAUAUUUACAUUUGUGGUUUCUGACAGAUGUGAAACAAUGCAGCUGUGACCCAAGUUAAUGUGUUUCAUACUUACCUUCCAAGCAAGGCUGAAUUUUUCUGACUUCAUAACUUUGUCAAAAGAAAGAAAGAAAAAASAGUAAAUCAGUUAAGUUAAGCAGCAUGUCAUCUGUAUGGUUAUAAAUCUGAGUUUCAGUUCAGUUUGUCACAAUCUCAGCAGCCCAGUUUGGUCAGAUGGGUAAACGGCAAAAAAGUGAACUCAUCAUAAUUUUAAAACACAGUUUAUAAUCUAGAAUACUGAAAACAUUAAACUUCAGAGGCUUUACUCACCAAAGAUGAAGCUCUAACAUGAUAUUUCCCUGCAGAAUGAAGAGAAUUUUUAUCAGCUGAAUUUCAAUCUAAAAAAAUGGUCAGUUUUUGAAACUCUUGUUUGAAAUAAAAAAUAAACAAUUUGCAGCUGGUACAUCAGUAGUCACAAUAUCACCAUGUUGAAGUCUGACGGGUAAACGGCAAAAAUGUGAACUCAUCACUUUUCCAGCUACGUAUGACACRUGAAACAUUUAAACCGGACUUCUAUCGUGUGGCUUUUUAUAGAAAUAUGUCAGCAAUCAUUUACCCACASUGGACAUGAAAAAUGCCCGGCGUCAAAAUAAUAUCACUGAAUACAUGUAAAAA